AUGAAAUCCAAACAAGGAGACAGGAAUGAAGCGUGGGCUUCAGAGAUAGAGAACGCUGGACCUCUAGAGGCACCUCAGUCCAAAUGGAAAGUCUCCAAGUCCGGGGAUGGUGAUACUGCCCUGGCUCUAUUCACGAAUCCAGAGGACUUUCAUGAAUAUGUUGAUCCAAAAGAGACACGAAAGCUACUAUGGAAGAUCGACUUGAUGAUUCUCCCUUACCUUGCUGUUUGCUAUGCGUUCUUCUACAUUGACAAGGAUCUAAAAUUAUCUUGGUGGCUGGUAGACGACUUUGAGCUAUGCAGCAGUCUUUGGAAUUCGAGAAGAUCUAAAUCUCAAAGGGACCCAAUACAGCUGGCUCAGCAGUCUCUUUUACUUUGGAUUUUUGGUAUGGGCACUUCCUACAAAUUUCAUGUUGCAGAGGUAUCCGGUUGGGGUUUCUUCCUAAUUCUCCAAGCAGCCUGCAAGAAUUUUACUACCCUUGCGGUCCUUCGUACUCUUGCUGGUGCGGCUGAGGCAUGUUCUGACCCUGGAUUUCUUCUUGUUACAAGCAUGUGGUACACCCGAAAGGAACAGCCCGUACGACUAGGCUUGUGGUAUACUGCAAAUGGAUUUGGCAUAGCUAUAGGCGGCCUCCUUGGUUAUGGAAUUGGAAGUAUCAAAGGGGCUUUGCCAUCUUGGAAAUACGAAUUCAUUAUCAUUGGUGCAUUAUGCUGUGCUUGGGGAAUUGUUAUAUUCCUCUUUCUCCCUGAUUCCCCAGUGACAGCGCCGUUCCUCAAUCAAAGGGAUCGUCGCAGGGCUGUUGAGCGAGUCAGAUCAAACCAAACAGGGAUUGAAAACAAAUAA